UUCGCGGUGGAACCUUGGUGCACGCCUCUUACCCGAGAGCGUCCGGCUCGGCUGGGGAGGGGAACAUCGGUACCCUACCCGGCCGCACCGUGCGGCGAGUAGAAGUUCACUGGUUUGCCGGGGAAUCUCGUAGUCUGUCAGUGAAAACAGCCGCGACAGUUGCUCGCGAGUCAUCGUCCGGUGUUCCGUUACGCGACGUUUCCGCGACUUUUCCCGUGGGAUACCGACAGAAAAGGUCGACGAACCAACGAGAGAGACCCGGCUGCGCGUUAGUGCCGUUUCGUUGGCCGAUCCUUCUGGUUGAAACCGGCUGAAACCGGCGCGAUACCGUGUACGGGGUCGAGCGUUUCGAGAAGCGUGCGGCGAUCGUCUUAAUGAAUUGCUGAGCCGUCGGGGGAACGAAGUGGAAUCAGAAAUAAAAGCCGGCGAACCAUGACCACCGUCAGACAGAUACUACGUUGCGCAAAAAGGCUCGGCCAGCUGCCGGAGAGCGGGGCGAGGGCUUUCAACCGGUCCGCCAGAUGCGCGUCCACCCAGACGCAGCAGAAGGUCGUCGAGAACGAAAAUGGGAAACGGAUUUUCUCGUCGCCCUACGGCGAGUAUACGUUCAACGAGAUGUACACCCACGAAUACGUGUGGAAGAACCUGCCAGACUUCGCGGACAAGACCGCCCUGGUAUGUUCGGUGACCGGAAGGAAGUACACGUACAGCCAGGCUAGGGACGCCGCUAAUUAUAUCGCCAGGAGUUUGUUGAGCAUGGGCCUGAAAAAGGGAGACGUGGUCGCCCUGGUGUCGCCCAAUUAUCCGGAAACGGUCCUGAGCUUGCUCGGCGUGAUGGAGGCCGAUUUGGUCGUUACCACUGUUAAUCCGUUCUACACACCCGAGGAGAUCUCGAGACAGCUAAAGAAUUCCGGAACAAAGGCUGUGAUCACCGUGACUGAAAUAGCGGGAAAUGUUCUGGCGUCCGUGAAAGGCACUCUUAAGUCCGAUGCAGCUGUGAUAGUCAUCGAUGACGGCACCGGGCCGAUUCCUGAGGGUACUAUACCGUUUACGGAUCUCGUUACCCGCGGCAAAACGUUGCCGCCCUUAAAGCACAGCCAUGAGAACGUCGACGACGUUGUUCUGUUGCCUUACUCCAGCGGGACGACCGGCAUGCCGAAGGGCGUCAAGCUCACCCACAAGAACUUAGUCGCCAACAUGGACAUGACCGAGCAAACGGUCAGUGGAAGAAUGUGGGAUUUCGCUUCUCCCGACUUCCAAGAAGUGAUACCAAUGAUCUUACCGUUCUUCCAUAUUUUCGGGCUGAACUCUUUAACGCUGCCGCGACUCUCCACCGGCACGCAAAUUAUCACCGUGCCGAAAUUCGUGCCGGAGCUCUUCAUCAAAGUUUUAACGCAGCAUAAGAUAACGGGGAUUUACAUAGUGCCUCCGUUGUUGUUAUUCUUCAACGCGUCUCCCUACGUGAAGAAGGAACUGCUGCAACACCUGCAUCACUGCAUCAUUGGUGCCGCGCCUCUAUCGAACAUGGACGUGAUGAGGUUCUACGACAAGUUCCAGAUGAAUGACACACAGCUAAAGUUCUGCCAAGGAUACGGUAUGACUGAAACCUCGCCGGUAUGUUUCUUCGAGUUGUCGGGAACGAACCCGGGCAGCAUCGGAAAAAAUAUAAAGGGAUGCGAGGCUCGAUUGGUGGACCCGCUUACCAACAAGGAUGUCCAUCAACCGGGAGAGACCGGCGAGAUCUGGGUCAAAGGACCUCACAUUAUGAAAGGGUACUUGAACAACGAGACCGCGACCAAGGACAUGAUAACCGAGGAUGGCUGGCUGAAGACUGGGGACAUCGGUUACUACGACAAGGAGCAGUUUUUCUACGUCACUGACAGGCUGAAGGAGCUGAUCAAGGUUAAAGGAUUCCAGGUUGCACCAGCAGAACUGGAAGCAUUGCUAAGAAGUCACCCAGACAUCCAGGAAGCAGCUGUGAUCGGUGUUCCAGACCAAAGAUGCGGCGAGGUGCCGAAAGCUUUCGUCAUUGCCAAGGAUGGCAAGAAACCGACUGAGGACGAUGUAAAGAGCUUCCUGAAAGGAAAAGUAGCCAGCUACAAAGAGCUUCAAGGUGGGGUGACGUUCGUGGACAAUAUUCCGAAGAGCGCGAGCGGGAAGAUCUUGCGAGUACAACUAAAGAACAUGUACAAAUAGCGAACGUCCAUCACGGGUGUUCGUUGAUACAGGGAAUUUUGAUGUGAUACCUCGAUUAACAGUCCACGCGUAACGAGACCAGCUGUCAAUCAAGUGUGAUAUAGUGUCUGCGCGCCGGUGUGUUGUUUCGGUGAAAAAAAGGGGGGAAAUGUUAAGGGCAAAACAAGAAAUGGAAGAAAAAGUAUCGGCGCCAUUGGAAUCGCGUAGCUAUUAUUGGGAAAGGAGGACGAGUGUUGUUAAUUGACGUUAAUCCGUUGAACAGCCAGCGUACGAUCGAUUCGCUCGGAUGUUGAGCAAGGUGUCUAGACGUAUUUGUCGCGUGGACCAUGACUCGCUGGGACCGACCGGCUAGGAAACGCGAGAUACACUUAACAUAUCGUGAAACGUGGUUAAGGGAUGCCGCCGUUCGACGUGCGCGCUUAUUUUUCGAUGCUGAUUGGCACCCUGUUGUUUUCUUCUUUUUCUUUUCGUUUUUCUUUUUGUAAUUUUAUUUUACGUUACCCAAUUUGGUGCUAACUCUAUCAAUGCAAUUAAUUGUAAGGAUACGCUCGGCCCGUUUUCGGCGGAGCAUUACGAUGUGUAAUUUUUAUAGGUCGUUUGUAUGGCAAAGUACCAGGUGUUUUAAACAAUAAAACCUUUUACAAUUAC